AUUUGUGUCCAAGAGACAGAAUGGCAAGCCACGAUUACUACGGCCAAAACCACGGCCAAGGUCAGGGCCAGGGCCAGGGCCAGGGCCAGGGUCAAGGUUACGGUUACGAUGGCGCAAAUCAGCAGCAAGGCUACGGAUACAACUCGAACUAUCCACCGCAAGGUCAAGCAUAUGGACAGCAGUCGCAUGAGCAGUAUGGCCAGGGAACCAGCCCUUACCCUCAGGGACAAUCCUUACCCACCGCCUUCACACGACCCGUACCAGCAGCAAGGAUACGGCGCUCCUACCCAGGGCCAUUAUGAUCCGAACCGCAGCACCUCUCCAUACCCGCCUCAGCAGGUAGGACAGCAUGACCCCAACCAGCAGUAUGGAGCCCCGCAACAACAAGGCUACCACGACCCACAGCAAGGAUACGGUGCUCAACAGCAUGGAGUGCCUGGUCAGCCUGGUCAGCCCGGUGGACCUGCAGAAGGCGAUCGCGGCUUGGGUUCGACGCUCGUCGGAGGCGCUGGCGGCGCGUUUCUGGGAAAUAAGCUAGGCGGUGGAGCGCUGGGCACGAUUGGAGGGCUGGUUGCUGGUGCGAUCGGUGCGAAUAUGCUGAGUGACAAGUAAGUCGUCACCUCUCUCCUCUCCAGAGCAUAGGCAAGAACGCGACGCUAACCUAAACAGGAAAGAGAAGAAACACAAACACAAGAAACACAGCAGCGGCCACAGCUCUAACCACGGCUCUUCGCAGCACGGCUCUUCGUACGGAGGCUCGUCUGCGGGCCUGGGUGGGUUAUAUGCUGAUAGCAAGCACAAGAAACAU